GCUGACAAAUGUACCUACUUCUACCCAUUGGAUAUAUUUUCUUGAAUCAAUUGUUUCGAAUAUUUCACAAUUGAAUGUUGAUAUGGUUGCUUCACGUGUGUGCUUUUCGUUACCUAAUUUAGUUCUAAAAAGUUGAUAACAAGUCUUGGAAAUGAGUGCGAAUACUCCUAAAAGUGAAAAUUCACAUCGUAUCCUCGUUAUUAUCGUCCUCAGUAUCAAUUUAGUCAUUUGUUUUAUGCAGAUGAACGGUUUAUUUGGAAUCACGAUGAUAUCAUUUCUCGAAUGUGAUACUGAAAUACGUGGAAUUUACGCAUGUAUCGAGUGGUUCAUAUUAAUGGCAACAAUCAUUGCUACUAUUAAAAAAAACCCGUUCAUGAUUUCCUGUUCAAUUGUCAUUAUGCUCGGCGAAGUGUUCAUUUACUUGUGCUUGAGUAUUUGCUUAUUUUAUAGAUAUUUUUUCGGAAUUUUAUGGCAAAUAUUAGCGGAUCAGUCUACAGAAAAUGUGAAGGAAGAAGAAGUAUUCAAAUACAUGUAUAUUUUGAUUGUUUUAUUCUUCAUUGCGAUUUUUUUUGCUUUCAAGUAUUACUCUUUAGAGGUCUUGUAUAAGUAUGAAGAUCAUAAUCGUAAAAUAAGUCGAUCAAGAUCGAGACAAUAUGAAAGAUGCGAUGUAAAAUAUCUAUCAGGACUUCACGAAAAAGGCUUUCCAGACGCUCCUUCUUCGUAUGAUUUUAAAGAAAUUGAAUCAGCCAUGUCAGCAUAUGGAAAUGGUAUUAUUUGAUGGUGUAUAUUUAAUAAGCUUAUCUCUCAUUAUUGUAAAAAAUGAAUUGCUUGUGUGAACGUACCUACUCAAAAUCUACUAUGCCUACUUAUUGUCUAUGCAAAUAGCCAUCCUGAACUGGCACUCACUCUCCGAUUCGAGCAACAUUAAUUACAUUACAAUAUAUAAACUAAAUCGAUAGAACAUGUCCUAUUAUCCUAAGACCUUUGCAAUUAAAAUGUCAGAUGCUGAAGUUCAUUUCUAAAUUUUUGUCAAAUUUUUAAAAAUUUUACAAAUUAAUUUUUUUCAAAUUCUCAACUGUUUUAUGUAGUUGCUGAAAUUCUCUACAAAUUCAAAAUCACUCUGGAAGAGCCAAAAAUGAACUAUUAGCUCCAGAAAGUUUAAUUACAAGGUUUUUCAAACAUUCUACUUAUAUUUAGCUCGGUUUUAUUCAAAUCGUUGAGUGUCAUUUCAAAUGGUUCCCUCGUAAGUAAUCAUACGUAUUUCGUUUCAUUAAACUUGAGCUUUAAACAUUUUGGCAUCUUGCCAAACAUUGCCAAUGCCGAAUUUAUAGUAUUGAUAUCCCAAAAAAUUUAGAUGAUGAAUCCAUAGUUCAAGAAAACGAUGUUAGUUUAGUGAAAAAUCAUGAUUCAUAAAGCGGUUUUGUAAUUUGUUACAUUCUUUGUAAUGGAGGAUCCUGAAAUACGUUUUUAAAUGUGUUAGAGGAAUCAUUAUCGAUAAGUAUUCUCUCAAAUCAGCUUUCUCAUCAUUUAUCUACUCAUCUUUCGAGUUAUAAUAUCAACUUUUAGUCGUUUUUGAUUGUUUUUAUAUCACUUUAAUAGGUUUUAUUUAAUUAGUAUGUUUCAUUUGUGAUUCUCACAAAAUUUUGUCCAGUUUUAGCCUAAUAAAAUUCCACCUUUGGUUAUUA